UCCCCGGUCCCCGCGGCGGACUGGGGCUGGGGACAGGCAGCGCGCGCGGACCAGGCCGGCGCCGAGGGCCGCCUCGGAUGGCUGCGGGGGCGCCGCGGCGCGCGUGAGGGGGAUGCGGCAGGAGGCGGCGCGGCGGGAGGAGUAGGCGGCGGUGCCCUCGGGAGGAGCUGCGCGCGGGCCAGACGGCUCCGGAGGCUCCGCAGUGCCGCCGCCGUCGCCCGGGAGGCUCCGCGCGGGAGCCAUGUAACCCUGGGGCGGGCUCCGGGCUGCUCCGUCCUUCCAGCUCCCGGGCUAGCGCGGCAGCGGGGCCACGAUGAAGAAGCAGUUCAAUCGCAUGCGCCAGCUGGCCAACCAGACGGUGGGCAGGGCUGAAAAGACUGAAGUUCUGAGUGAAGACCUUCUUCAGGUGGAGAAGCGCCUGGAGCUGGUGAAGCAGGUGUCCCACAGCACGCACAAGAAGCUCACCGCAUGUCUGCAGGGCCAGCAAGGGGCAGAGGCCGACAAGCGCUCCAAAAAGUUGCCUCUGACAACACUGGCUCAGUGUCUCAUGGAGGGGUCAGCUAUCCUGGGAGAUGACACACUUCUUGGGAAGAUGCUGAAACUCUGCGGAGAGACAGAGGACAAGCUGGCCCAGGAGCUGAUACACUUUGAACUGCAAGUAGAGAGAGAUGUGAUUGAGCCCCUGUUUCUGCUGGCCGAGGUGGAAAUCCCAAACAUUCAAAAGCAGAGGAAACACUUAGCCAAGUUGGUGCUGGACAUGGAUUCUUCACGAACCAGGUGGCAGCAGACUUCCAAGUCUUCAGGUUUGUCCAGCACCUUACAGCCUGCGGGUGCCAAAGCUGAUGCCCUCAGGGAAGAAAUGGAGGAGGCUGCCAACAGAGUGGAGAUUUGCAGGGACCAGCUGUCAGCUGACAUGUACAGUUUCGUGGCCAAAGAAAUUGACUAUGCAAACUACUUUCAAACGCUGAUAGAAGUGCAGGCGGAAUACCACAGGAAGUCGCUGACACUCUUGCAGGCUGUGUUGCCUCAGAUCAAAGCACAACAGGAGGCCUGGGUGGAGAAGCCGUCCUUCGGGAAGCCCCUGGAGGAGCACCUCACCAUCAGCGGCCGGGAGAUCGCCUUCCCCAUCGAGGCCUGUGUGACGAUGCUGCUCGAGUGUGGGAUGCAGGAGGAGGGACUCUUCCGAGUAGCUCCCUCUGCCUCCAAGCUGAAGAAGCUGAAAGCUGCCCUGGACUGCUGCGUGGUGGACGUGCAGGAGUACUCGGCAGACCCCCACGCGAUCGCAGGAGCUUUGAAAUCUUACCUCCGAGAGUUGCCAGAACCUCUUAUGACCUUUGAACUCUAUGACGAGUGGAUCCAGGCCUCCAAUAUCCAGGAGCAAGAUAAGAAGCUUCAGGCUCUAUGGAAUGCUUGUGAAAAAUUGCCUAAGGCCAAUCACAACAACAUCCGAUACUUGAUCAAAUUUUUAUCCAAGCUGUCAGAAUAUCAAGAUGUAAACAAGAUGACUCCCAGUAACAUGGCAAUUGUUUUAGGACCCAACCUCCUGUGGCCACAAGCAGAAGGGAACAUCACGGAGAUGAUGACCACGGUCUCCCUGCAGAUUGUCGGGAUCAUCGAACCCAUCAUCCAGCACGCGGACUGGUUCUUCCCCGGGGAGAUAGAGUUCAACAUUACAGGCAAUUAUGGGAGUCCAGUGCACGUGAACCAUAACGCCAACUACAGCUCAAUGCCUUCCCCAGACAUGGACCCCGCUGACCGGCGCCAGCCCGAGCAGGCCCGCCGGCCCCUCAGCGUCGCCACGGAUAAUAUGAUGCUGGAGUUUUACAAAAAGGAUGGCAUGGGUGUGAGGGUCAUGGACACCUCUUGGGUGGCCCGAAGAGGCUCCUCAGCCGGCCGGAAAGCGUCCUGCGCCCCGCCCGCCAUGCAGCCGCCCGCGCCGCCACCCGCAGAGCUGGCCGCCCCCCUGCCGUCGCUGCCGUCGCCGCUGCCGGAGCAGCCCCCGGACAGCCCCGCGCCGCCCGCGCUCUCCCCGGCCGCCGCGGGCCUGCAGCCCGGGCCCGAGCGCGCCAGCUCGUCAAAAAGCAAGGAACUCUCUCCAGGGUCGGGGCAGAAAGGAAGUCCAGGCUCCAGCCAGGGGACAGGCGGUGCAGGGACGCAGCCAGGGGCACAGCCGGCUGCCAGCCCCAGCCAGCCGCCCGCAGACCAGAGUCCCCACACCCUUCGGAAAGUUUCAAAGAAGUUGGCACCGAUUCCACCCAAGGCCCCCUUUGGCCAGCCGGGGGCUGUGGCUGACCAGUGCACGGGCCAGCCGUCCCCGGUCAGCCUGUCUCCCACCCCCCCAAGCACCCCGUCGCCCUACGGACUGAGCUACCCCCAGGGGUACUCCUUGGCCUCGGGCCAGCUGUCCCCGGCCGCCGCCCCUCCCCUGGCCUCUCCUUCUGUCUUCACAAGCACUUUGACCAAAUCUCGGCCCACCCCCAAGCCCCGACAGAGACCUACCCUGCCGCCGCCUCAGCCUCCCACGGUCAACCUCUCAGCCUCUAGCCCCCAGUCCGCGGAGCCCCCCCUGCUGGACGGCGUGUCCCCUGGGGAAAGCAUGUCUACAGCUGUGUGACAUGAGUGGCGCAGUUUUGGAUACGUGUGAGGGGGAUUUGCAGGAUCUCGUCCACUUUGACAUCCCUUCGAUCCACAUAGAGCUCGGGUCCACGCUCCGCCUGAGUCCCCAGGACCGCGCGCAGCGACACUCAGUGACUGACAAGAGGAACGAGGAGGAGUCCGAGAGCACCGCGCUCUGACACGUUCCCGCCCACCCCACACCCUGUACAUACACGCGUGGGCCCCAGACACGCCGCCAGGAGCAGCGUCCCCGAGCUUGCCAAGUGCUCUCCGUUGGCUCUUCCCUGUCACUGCCAACGCGAGGUUGGGGUUUGGCAGAAAACCGUGGUCUCUGGUCUGUGUGGCAAUGCUGGUGGUGCAGAUUUUGUUUUUUUUCCUUUCGGGUGGCGACUUUGGCCUUUGUUUUGACCUUUGCCUUUUGACUUUGUGCCUAUUUUGGUCUACUUUCAGCCUCCGUGCCCCAGCAGCACCCACCUCUGCACCCAAGGGUUUGUCAGAAACGUCACCUGCAGGGAGGGGUGGUGCAGAAGAGGGUCGAGUUGCCCUGGUUAGACCCGAGGGCUGCUGCUUUCCUCGGACAGCUGAUGCCAGGGCCUGCGCUGUCUGCUCAAUGGCUACAGAAAGGAAACAGGACAGCAAGGACCUUGCACUGACAACGGGACUAGGUCCGGUUCUGGCGGUCCUGGGGCACUGACUGUUGCAGCUCCCCGGGGGAGGGCUCGCACUGCGGAGCCUUUCAGGCAGCCCCCAACCAGUGUGCUCCAAAGCAAAUGGCGUAAAACAAAGUUUGCUUCAUUUCCUAACAGUUUUCUUUUUCCCCACCAUGUGGCUGAAAGCUGCCAUUACUCCCUGUCACUUUAUACUUUCGAAUGUAAAACACGGUCUUGAUGAUAUCUUGAAGGUAGCCCCCAUCGCUCCCAAAACAUUAACUGAGAGUAAUUCUACCCCUCCGCGCACCUAGAGGUGCUAGUGCAGGGGUCCUCAAACUUUUUAAACAGGGGGCCAGUUCACUGUCCCUCAGACCGUUGGAGAGUGCGCGCUGUGGGCCGGGCACGAGUCGGCUGCUAAGCAGGACAGGCAGCGGCGGCAAAAACUCCAGGACCAGGUAAACGUGCUAGGCAGCCACAUGCGGGCCGAAGUUUGAGGACGCCUGCACUAGUGUGUGAGGUCCUGGAGCCCACCUCUUCUGUCUGAGGUUACAACUGAAUAGCAAUAAUUCUGUUACCCAAAGCAUGUAGAGGAAAGUGAAACCAGCCACGGAGCCACCGGCCCACGCGCUCAGCCUGCGUGUGGCCUGCUUUGCUCGCCGGCCUCUGCCGCUCCUCCCUCCUCCUGAGUCCCACCUGGUCCCAGGACGAGCGCCGGGACGGCACUGGGGAGCCUCUCCACGCUUGGGGGUCAAGGGAGUGAGGAAAGAGGUGGGCCAUGCAUGCAAAGUCAAAGUUUAAAAUUUUAUCCUUUUAAAAUAGAUAUAAUAUACCUAUAUAUGAUAUAAUAUUUGUAUAUAUGAAAUCUCUCUAUAUUUGUUUAAUUUGAGCCAUUCAAUCUAAACCAAUGUACAGGUGUACAAUGAAAAAUUUAAAUGCUUAGUUAUUUUUCCCAACACAGUGUAAAGCCACCCUUCUGAGAGUGAGUGGGAUCUGCAGACUUUUGACGUUAUGGCUUUGCUCACUUCCUGGCAAGGGCAGUUCAAUCCUCGAUUUGUAAUAGAGUGGGGGGGGAGGUGAAAGUUAUCUUUAAAUACAUGUACAAAUUGUUGUCAAAAGUAAUGUUAUUAAAAUAGAUUUAUUAUCCCUGA